AAUCCUUAUUGUGGCUUACUUUACAUAGUUCUCGGAAUCACGUGGCGAAUUCAGUGAAAUAUUUGUUUAUGUUUUGAAAAUUAUGUGCUUAACUUGGUAGUUAUUGAAAGGAAUAAGAACAAAUGGUCGGUGUUUCCUUAGCGUGUACCGUCAAAACAUGUGGAUAUUGAAUCCCUUAGAAUCCGGAGGUGUGACACACUACCUCCUGCCAGGUAAGGAGUAUGUGGUGGGGCGUAAAAACUGCCAGGUUCUCCUGCCCAAUGACCAAUCCAUCAGUCGAGUGCAUGCACAUUUCACUGCUACAGACCAGGCCCUGACCCUGAAAGACAGCUCAAAGUAUGGGACGUUUGUUAACGAGCAGCGUCUGUCAGGGGACACCCCUCACACUCUGAGUACAGGAGACAGAGUGACAUUUGGGGUGUUCCACAGCAAGUUCAGUGUUCAGAGUGUUGCCAUGGUGGUGUGUUCAUCCUGUGUGGAUAAUGAAGGAAAAGUCUCUCUGUCUAAAGCCCUGAAGCUUCUGGGUGGCCAGCUGGUCACCACAUGGACACGGGACUGCACUCACCUGGUCAUGCCCACUGUUAAAGUUACCAUCAAGACUAUCUGUGCAUUACUGUGUUGUCGACCCAUAGUCAAACAGGAGUUCUUUACAGAACUCAGUAGAGCACUGCAGCAGAAUCAACCCCUUCCUAAAGCUGAAAGUUUCUUGCCAGAGAUUGAUGAGCCCAGUCUAAAUAAGGAUGAAGUGGAUCUGACCGAGAAGCCCGAGCGUAAACAACUCUUCUCCGGCAAGACCUUCCUGUUUCUCAGUGCCAAACAGCAAAAGCGGCUGAGUUUAGCACUGAGUUGUGGAGGUGGGAGGUGCCAGCUCCUUGAGGAGGGGUCUCUGCCGUUGUCACUGCUGGAGUCACCGGCAAGCUGUGUGAUUGAAUUGGCAGCAGGCAACCCCCAAGCUGCGUUGCCUUCCUCAACUAAGAACUGGGCAGACUCUGUGGGCAGGAUUUUACAGGGUAAAGGUCUUCGAUUCAUCGCAGAGUCUGAGAUCGGAUUGGCUGCCAUUUAUGUCAGCUGUAACAAGUUCUGCAAUCCCUCCAAUGUGCUGGUUGACUCAGAAUCCAUGAGAAGGACACCCAUUAUCCCCAGUGCCACGCUAUCCCAGAAUCCACCAGUAAAUGAGACUAUGCUGCCCACAUCUUCUCAGAACAUCACAGCUUACGCCAUGAACACUGAGCCGUCACAGGGCAUCAGUGGGCUGGACUUGGCUGGGGUGAGUGCAGUUGGAGAGACCCCUGAAAGGGACCAAAGCCGCACCGCUUCUCAUCUUGACCGACCCAAACCCUGCUCAACCAGAGAGCUGACUGAGACUUGCGUAGUGGCUGAGACUAUGAUGACAUCAUUCAGUGCCGUAGAUAGUGCUGGUGAUGGUGGCACUGGCAAAAAGAAUGCAGAGACACAACAUGCAGGUGGAGGUAAAGGUGACGCGAUCGCCAAAUUCCUAGUCGCUGCCCCGCGGACCGAUGGGGAGGUACAAACAAAGUCCCCACAGAAACGCUCUUCCUACAAACCGAUCUCACAGACAGAUUCCCCCCAGAAACAGUCUACUCUCACUAGUUUCUUCCAGCCUGUCAGCAAGAAAAGACCUAGGGAGGGUGAGCAGUCCACUUCUGUCCAAUCAGGGGCCAAGCUCUCCAGGACCGAAGAAGGCAAAACAAAGAUGACAGAACCAUUGUGUACAGAAACCCACAACGUCACACAGAACCGUAGUCCCUCAAACUGUCCUACUGUGCAAACUCCCGCUUGCAGUUUCCAGAGCCAACAGAGAUCAGGAGCAGGUGUGUUUUCGGGACAAACUCCUGCUCUGACAAAGGGGGUCCAGUCCAGAAAAAGGAAGGAGAUGGAAGAGAACACAAAAGGGGAAAAUAUUUUAGAGAUUGAGAUGAACGAACUUGAGUCCAUCAUGUCUGAGGAUAUGGAUGAAUCAGACAAGCCCAUGUCAGAUAGCCAAGGCCAACAAUCGAGUUCAACCAAUAAGAAACAGCGGGUUGAUUUACUGGAACCAAGCACAGCCAAUCAUAGGCCAAGCUUGGAUCCAGAGGAGGGCUCAUCUGCCAAUAAACGACCAAAAGCGAAGCCUGUAGCUGAGUUCAAGGAGGAAGAGGUGUCUUUCGUUGAGGCAGAACCAGUUAACGGCGUGGCCUCUGGAGGUCUGGAAGAACUGACGUUUGAUACCAAACCCACCAAACCAUUUAAACAGGAGGCCACAGUUUCAGAGGACAAGAAACUUCCCAGUAGACUGCUAGUGGUUGAAUUCAAGUCCCUCACCGUGGCAACUCCAGCAAGAGCCAAAACAGGCCCCACAGAGGCACACGGGAAUGUCAACAGGAAGGACUUCAAACGCUUCCGCAAGGUCCCAGUCCCCGGAGCCCUGGGUUUGCCCAAAAUCAUCGGAGGAUCAGACCUGCUGGCUCACAGCCGGGGCAAGAACUCUGAGCUGGAGGAGUGGCUGAGAGACGCAGCAGAGGAUGACCGUCAGAGCAAGAAGGAGGAGACCGUGGGGGAUGACCUUUUCAGGUACGGCAACAAGGCAUCAACAUGGUGGACCGCAAACGCCAAAACAAUCAAACGAAACCGACAGGGGUUAAACUAUUUCAGAUGGACUACCGGAGUCUAUCGGACGGUGUAAACCAAGCGGGGGGUUUGGAUAAGGCUUGGGGCCCGGCUGGGAACGGGGUUGAGUAAAUGAUGAGGAAAGAAAUCGCUGGAUGCGGAGUGACGUUGGUGAUGUUGCCCCUUCCAGUGCCCAAGUUAGAAGUUGGCCGCCACAUCUGCUGUCUGCAGCGGAGCCAAAGGGUUGGAGCAACCGGCUUACACAAACAUCACAUUCCUAGGGGGCAUUGCUGUGUGUUCAAAGAUGUCACUAAUAGACAACACCCCCCACCCCCCCGGGUGAUGGUCACACAGCUGCUCAGGACUCAGCAGUCCUGACUACCCCCACGUUCAUCUAGUAUUUUCCUGAUCCAUAAUUCCAAAACGCAAAGAAUUUAAACAAACCAUUCCAUGAAAACAGAAUAAUUGCUUUACUAGCAGGCCUCACUUAUGAAAAGACUGUAAGCUACCAUUUAUAAUUUUUAUUACCAUGAUGAAAAUCAUAUGGCUACUUUAAAGGUAUCCUAAUGUCAUGUUAGCCACAAAGCUUCUAAAAUUAGUUUUUUCAGCGUUUUAGAAAUAAUCUACUGCCAGUUUAUAACUGGAUUUCCUGAGUUCUAGUGUCGUUUCAAAGCUAAUUCUGUGGGAGAAAGAAUUGUGUUUAUAACUUUGUGAUAAAAAUAAAGAAAACCGUAUAUAUGAAGAGCUAAAAUGUCCUGAUGUGAGUGGCUCGUACUUUGGGGCAGUUUUACUGUGUUUCUGUCCCCGACCUAUCAGAGCCCAGCAGUUCCUGCGUCAUUGCUGUGAGUGGUUGCCUGGGUAACGCUGGUGAGGUAAGCCUUGGUGAAGGCUGCUGCUUUUUCCCUGGCUAAGCAGAAAAUGGAGAUGAAGAGUGUCUGGAGCAAGCCUGUGUUGUUUGAUCUUUGAGUCAUGAUGCUUAUUCAGUCAUCCAUGACCAGAGGACAGUGCCGGCUACUAAGAAAACAAGGCUUUUAUGUUUUUGGGUCAGUCUAGCUCCCAGACCUGCUUUAUUGGGAGGAUCUUUGGUUUGAGCUAUUCAAAAACAACCUAAGUUCAACAGCACUAGAAUAAUUUGGAUUAUUUUGAAUAUUAGACCGAAAUACAUCAAGGAUUGGUCUAGUAGGAAUGGUUAAUGUAUGUGUGUGAGCCAGCCUAACCAGUGUCUGCCUGUGUUUGUGUAGGUACAACCCCAAACCCACCAAGAGAAGAUGAGAGUAGGCUGCAACACAAAGCCCUGCAAACCGACCGGACCUUAAGGCACAGGAAGUGAUGUCAACAUCCAGGGAAUGUUUUGGGUUUUAGAACUGCUUGGUAGAACUACCUUCUUUGUUCCAUUAAUGAUGUUCAUCAAUGGACCUUGUUUGGGUGACACUUCAUCAUUGCACUUAAAAUGACUAGAGCAGUCAUGACAUUACAGUCAAUGGCAAAAGUAAUAUUCAAACAGUUGUUGUCGGAUGGAUCUGGGCAGAAAUGUACGUUUAUCUGUACACUAAUUAUUUGGUUUAGUCACUGAUGGCAAGCAAUGUAAACAAAAUGUGUGUUUUGUGUUUCAAGAUAAAAAGAUUUUUAUUUGUCCAUAAUAAAAAAGACAAUAUAUAAAA